GUGCUUGUGAGCCGGAGCGCAGCCCGCCUGGGUCCGCAGCCUUGUGCAAGCGUCUGCGCCUGUGGCGCGGCUGAGCGCGGUGGUUGGUCCUCAUCCCUCUUGAAUCACAUUGAUUCCGUCGCGCGCGAGUAUCGCCGAGUCUCCCGGGUGUUUAACCGGCGGCGGUCGUGGGGUGUUUGGCGAGGAGGCAGCGGCUACCCGCGGGGAUGUUUUUGUUCGUGGCCGUCCGUUCGCCCUCUCUGUCGCCACAGAGCUUCGUGCCGCUAGCUGCGUUAGCUCCUCUGCUAGUGACGGUUAGCCACCUAGCUGCUAGCUGAGCUCGGCUAGCUGCAUUUGCUCUCUUAGAUUCAAGGUUAGCGUUUUAAAAGCUCCCCGAGGCUGCUCGGUUCCUCACGUAAAUAAAAAAAUGCUUUCGUUUCUUUAUCAUUUUUACAUUUGAAUUCUAUCGAUUCUCUCGAAUUUAAAGCUUUGCUAAUGUUCAAUUUAACCCUCUGAACACAACACGAGGCUAAUUUGUUCUCUGCUUAUUUUCGACUUUUUUCAUCGCAGCAAUUUUCACGCAUGUAUUCUUGAUUUAAUAAUUUAGAAGUACGCAGAGAAGAGCACAUAUCAACGGCACAAUUUGAGAGGUAUUACAAUGUAAAUUUAGUCUCCAUCAGAAAAUAAAUCAAGAUGUUUAACAUUCAUGAAUGCAAAUCAAUAAUAAUCUGACGCUACUGUUCCUGCAAAGUGGGACGUAGAACAGAAAGUGUUGACAGACUCAAGAAUGAUAGUAUCAAAUAUAAUGCGUUGAAAUUCCAAUCAAAGUUGAUUUCUUGAUGCAGUAAUUAAUACCUUUUUAGCACAGUACAGCAGUCAGUGAACAUUUUUGUGACACCUCAGAAUAUUUUUGGACGGAGCGGCAUAGAAACACAUGCUCAUUUGUGGGACGGGGGGCUCCCUGAAAAUGUGUUUGGUUUUAUCUAUCAAUAAUCAAAGUCUGCGUAGUUAACUGACACAGCUGUGCAAUUGACAGUUGGUGGUUGGGUAAAUGGAGCGCUCUAUCUUCCCCUACUGCUUGACCUACCUAUAGAGUGGCUGUUUGUUUUUAUCUAUCAAUAAUCAAAGUCUGCGUAGUUAACUGACACAGCUGUGCAAUUGACAGUUGGUGGUUGGGUAAAUGGAGCGCUCUAUCUUCCCCUACUGCUUGACCUACCUAUAGAGUGGCCAAAGUGCUUUCAGGACGAAGCCUCGCGUUCACGUGUCUUUAUGCACAAGGACCCGCUGGCCACCAGUUAAGGUGUCAGGACAAGGACACUUGGUCAGUUGACGGCAGCGAAGGGCAUCCAAAGGAUGGCUCACUCUAAAGUCCGAGCCGCAGACGGGAAGGUGGCCUACCCCCCGGGGGUGAAGGAGAUCUCUGACAAGAUCUCCAAGGAGGAGAUGGUCCGCCGCCUCAAGAUGGUGGUGAAGACCUUCAUGGACAUGGACCAGGACUCGGAAGAGCAGAAGGAGCUCUACCUGAACCUGGCCCUACACCUGGCCUCUGACUUUUUCCUCAAACACCCCGACAAGGAUGUGCGGCUGCUGGUGGCGUGCUGCCUCGCCGACAUUUUCCGAAUCUAUGCUCCCGAGGCACCCUACACCUCCCCCGACAAGCUUAAGGACAUUUUCAUGUUCAUCACCAGGCAGCUCAAAGGUCUGGAGGACACAAAGAGCCCUCAGUUCAACAGAUACUUCUACCUGCUGGAGAACAUUGCCUGGGUCAAGUCGUACAACAUCUGCUUCGAGCUGGAAGACAGCAACGAGAUCUUCACCCAACUCUACCGCACGCUCUUCCAGGUCAUCAACAACGGCCACAACCAGAAGGUGCAUAUGCACAUGGUUGACCUGAUGAGCUCCAUCAUCUGCGAGGGCGACACCGUGUCCCAGGAGCUGCUGGACACGGUCUUGGUCAACCUGGUGCCAGCCCACAAGAACUUGAACAAGCAAGCGUACGACCUGGCCAAAGCGCUGCUGAAGAGGACGGCUCAGGCCAUCGAGCCAUACAUCACUAACUUCUUCAACCAGGUGCUGAUGCUGGGCAAGACAUCCGUGAGCGACUUGUCCGAGCACGUCUUCGACUUGAUCCUGGAGCUCUACAACAUUGACGGCCACCUCCUGCUCUCCGUGCUGCCCCAGCUGGAGUUCAAACUCAAGAGUAAUGACAACGACGAGAGGCUGCAGGUGGUCAAGCUGCUGGCCAAGAUGUUUGGCGCCAAGGACUCUGAGUUGGCGGCGCAGAACAAGCCGUUGUGGCAGUGCUACUUGGGCAGGUUCAACGACAUCCACGUGCCCAUCAGACUGGAGUGCGUCAAGUUUGCCAGCCAUUGUCUAAUGAACCACCCUGACCUAGCUAAAGACCUCACAGAAUUCUUAAGGGUGCGUUCGCACGACCCGGAGGAGGCCAUCCGCCACGACGUCAUCGUCUCCAUCGUCACCGCCGCCAAGAAGGACCUCUCUCUGGUGAACGACGCCCUGCUCAACUUUGUCAAAGAGCGUACCUUGGACAAGAGGUGGCGUGUACGCAAGGAGGCCAUGAUGGGCCUGGCGUCCAUCUACAGGAAGUACUCGCUGCAGGGCGAGGGUGGGCGCGAGGCGUCCAAACAGAUCUCCUGGAUCAAAGACAAGCUGCUUCACAUCUAUUACCAGAACAGCAUCGACGACAGGUUACUGGUGGAACGCAUCUUUGCCCAGUACAUGGUCCCUCACAGCCUGGAGACGGCAGAGAGGAUGAAGUGUCUUUACUACCUCUACGCCACUUUGGACACUAAUGCUGUCAAAGCCCUGAAUGAGAUGUGGAAGUGUCAGAAUCUACUGAGACACAACGUCAAAGACCUGCUGGACCUGGUCAAGAAGCCCAAGUCUGAAACUUCCAGCAAAGCUGUUUUCGCCAAAGUCAUGGUUAUCACCAGAAAUCUUCCAGAUCCAGGCAAGGCUCAAGAUUUUGUCAAGAAGCUGGCCCAGGUGCUGGAGGACGACGAGCGCAUCCGAGACCAGCUGGAGACGCUGGUCAGCCCUUCAUGCUCCUGCAAGCAGGCUGAGUUGUGUGUGCGAGACAUCACAAAGAAACUAGGCAGUCCCAAGCAGCCCAGCAAUCCUUUCCUGGAGAUGGUUAAGUUCCUUUUGGAGAGAAUUGCUCCCGUGCACAUCGACACAGAGUCCAUCAGCGCUUUGAUUAAACAGGUCAACAAAUCCAUAGAAGGAACAGCCGACGAUGACGAGGAGGGUGUUCUCACAGACAGCGCCAUCAGAGCCGGCCUGGAACUGCUUAAGGUGCUGUCCUUCACGCACCCAGUGUCCUUCCACUCGGCCGAGACCUUCGAGUCCCUGCUGGGCUGCCUGAAGAUGGAUGACGAGAAGGUGGCCGAGGCGGCGCUGCAGAUCUUCAAGAAUACAGGCAGCAAGAUGGAGGAGAGCUUCCCACACAUCAAGUCUGUCUUGCUGCCGGUGCUGCAGUCCAAAGCCAAGCGGGGCCCGCCUCGUCAGGCCAAAUACGCCAUCCACUGCAUCAAUGCCAUGUUUGCCAACAGAGACACUCACUUUGCGCAGAUCUUUGAGCCGUUGCACAAAGGUCUGGACCCAGCCGACCUGGAGCAGCUCAUCACCCCUCUGACCACGCUCGGUCACCUGGCCCAGCUGGCCCCCGAGCAGUUUGCCGCCCCCCUCAAGUCGCUGGUGGCCAACUUCAUCGUGAAGGAUUUGCUCAUGAACGACAGGAUUCCAGGCAAGAAGACCACCAAGCUUUGGGUUCCCGAUGAUGAGGUUUCUCCCGAGACCAUGGCCAAGAUCCAGGGCAUCAAGCUGAUGGUGCGCUGGCUGCUGGGCGUGAAAAACAACCAGAGCAAGUCUGGCAACUCCACGCUGCGCAUGUUGACGGCCAUCUUGCACAGCGACGGAGACCUCACAGAGCAAGGGAAGAUGGGCAAACCCGACAUGUCGAGGCUCCGCCUGGCUGCCGCCUGUGCCCUGCUGAAGCUGGCCCAGGAGCCGUGUUACCACAAGAUCAUCACGCUGGAGCAGUACCAGCUGUGUGCGCUGGUCAUUAACGACGAGUGCUACCAGGUGCGUCAGGGCUUUGCGCAAAAACUGCACCGGGGCCUGUGCCGCCUGCGCCUCCCUCUGGAGUACAUGGCCGUGUUCGCCUUGUGUGCCAAGGACCCCGUCAAGGAGCGGCGGGCACACGCGCGCCAGUGCCUGGUCAAGAACGUCAACAUUCGGCGCGAGUACCUCAAGCAGCAUGCCGCCAUCAGCGACAAGCUUUUCUCGCUGCUGCCCGAGUAUGUGGUGCCGUACGCCGUCCACUUGCUGGCGCAUGACCCAGACUACGUCAAAGUGCAGGACAUCGAGCAGCUCAAAGACAUCAAAGAAGCGUUGUGGUUUGUGCUGGAGAUCAUCAUGGCCAAGAACGAGAACAAUAGCCACGCCUUCAUCAGGAAGAUGGUGGAGAACAUCAAGCAAACAAAAGACGCACAGUCGCCCGCUGACUCCAAAACCAACGAGAAACUGUACACGGUGUGCGACGUGGCCAUGCACAUCAUCAUGUCCAAGAGCACCACCUACAGCCUGGAGUCGCCCAAAGACCCCAUUCUGCCCAGCACCUUGUUCACGAAGCCCGAUAAGAAUAUCAGCAACACAAAAUAUUAUCUUCCGCCUGAGAUGAAGUCGUUCUUUGCGCCGGGAAAGCCCAAGUCUGCCAAUGUCCUGGGCGCCGUCAACAAACCGUUGUCGUCGGCCGGCAAACAGAUCCAGAGCAAAGCGUCCCGCAUGGAGACAGCCAGCAAUGACGACUCCUCCUCCAGUCCGGGCUCGCCGCAACGCGCCAAGAGCAGGCACGACAGCGCUGAAAUGGACCACAGUGAAAAUGAGGACUUGAGCAGAAAGCGAGCGGACAGCGCCGACAAGGAGAGUGAGAAGCCUCGUGGUCGCAAGCGCGGCCUGACAGCUGGCGACGACGGCGACAUCAAACCCAAACGCGGACGCAAAAAGGCCACGGCCGUGACGGAGGCUGAGGACAUGUGGGGGGAUGAGGACAACAGGCCCGAGGACGAGCAAAACAAUCCUCCCAAGAAGGGACGCAGGGGGCGGCCCCCCAAGGCGGCCGCAUCGGGCAAUCAGGACGCAUCGCCCGCCAAAGGGAAGAGAGGGCGCAAGAAGGCAGCGCCGCCCCCAGAGGACGACGAAGAGGACGACGAGGAGAGGCCCGACGAGGACGACGACGACGACGACGAGGAUGGUGGUGGCGGCGCUGAGAACGUGGAAGUCAAGACCCGGGCUGGACGACAGGCCAGGACUCCCAGACGAUCGCAAAGCUCCGACGUGGUGGAGUUGACGCCGCAGAAGAGGAGAGGACGACCGCCCAAGUCGGCGCAACCUCCCCCCAAGAAACCCACGCGGGGAGGACGGUCAAAGGCGGGAGCCGCUAAAGACGACUCUGAGGACGAGGAAGACCAGGAGGAUGACGAAGUGCAGGAGGAGGAGCCCACACCUAAGGGUCGCAAAAAGGCGGCGGGCCGAAGAAGAUGA